AUGAGUAAGAGAUUAAAGGCUUAUCAGGCGAGCUGUGAUGUACGCAGUGCAGAGCAAGCUGCAAUUCCAGGUGCAGCUAGACUUGUCGCUAAUCUCAAUAUAGUCAUUACUAUGGCAACUGUAUUUCCCAUUCCUAAAAUCAAACAGUCAUCAGCCCGAGAUCAAAGGCUUCCUUCCACUGGGCAGGGAGACGAUAGAGAAAAGUACUGGCUGUACGUAAUAGUGUUUAACCGGAAGGAGUUCGCGCGGUACAGCAAGGUCUUCCCCCUGGCGCAGACGCUGGAGUUCAAGAUCCCGUCCAAGUGGUACCGCAGGACCGUCGGCGGGCUCGAGGUUUUCUCCGGCUUCUGCCUGACCUUCAUCCCUUCGAAGAGAAUUAAACAAAUGGCCAACCUCAUCUUGGUGGUGAUGAUGCUGUUCGCCACCUACAACCACUGGAUGGUUGGAGACAAGUUCGAAAGACUUGCGCCCUCAUUGGUGUUCUUCUUCAUGCUCACGUGCCGGAUGAUCGUCGAGUACCAGAUCCGGCGGAAGGAGAAGGAGGAGAAGCUGAACCUGAAGAAGCCGGCCGCCGCCGCCGCGAGCGCCAAGGAGGCCGGCGUCGACGGCGCGGCCGGCAGCUUCCCCAGCGCGGCGGCGACUCCGCCUCCCCCGACAGUGGCGGCCGAGAGCAGAGCGAAGAAAGAGGACUGAAGGCCCCUGCCGGGUGUUACUGUUAAACGAAAGCACGCCAAGAAGAGAUGACUGUAAAGAAGAGGAGAGGAAAAGGAAGAACAGAAGCAAAGAAAAGAAUGCGAGAAAAACUGGGAUGUUAAUUCGUUAUUGUUAUGCGUUGUGUACAAUGGUUCAUUUCCUGAUUGAAAAAUGGGAUCGAAAAAAAUCUUUUCAUUUUUCGUAUUUAGCAUUUUUCAAGGGUAGCUUUCCGGCAGGGCUGAUUGUUAUAUUUUGCCAGUAACAGUAUUAGAGUGAAUAGAACCUAAAAGAAUAUUGGUUAAAGGGGGUGUUUAAAUGACAAGACUGUGUUAUACCAGUCUUUUCACAGGAUUAAAAAAAAUGAGAAUUAUGCAUUUUAGUCCGCAAUGUAGAAGGGGUUUGGUAACCUUUUAAAAGAUAAUAAAUAGAACGCCGUGAUAAUGAUGAGACUAUACUAUACGUUUUAAGUUGAAAUAAGAUUGCAUCAGAAAUUCAAGUAAGCGUUAUGAUGAAUAUACAUUUCUUGUUAUACAGAAAUAGAAUGUACGCACCGCAAUCCUCAUUCAAGAUUUUUAAAAUGUUUUAGAAAUGUCAAUACGAAAUACUUUACCACUUUUAUAUGCCAUCAAAACGAAGAAAACUAAAUCAUGAAAUAUUCUAUAAAGCAUUAAGACAUGCAACUUGAGAGUGUUACUCGUAAAUAUUUUGAUGUGUAAUCUUUUAUAAGAAUCCCCAGUAAA